GCGUGUAUUGAAACAAUUAUACUCUAUGGUGCUCCGUUCUGGGCUGAGAUGGUAGACAAUACCCGUACUAAGAAAAAGUUAAACAAAGCCCAAAGAUUAAUGUUACUAAGGUUAUGCAGGGCAUAUAGAACGGCCCCGACAGCUGCCCUACAAGUCUUGUCUGGUGUACUGCCUCUACAUAUAAGGGCAAAAGAAGAAAUGUGGAAGUGGCACCUUAAAAAUGGAGGAAUUAUAGACAAUCAGAAUAGUGAAAUAUAUAAAUAUAUUCAAAUUGGGUUAUUUCCUAAUCUUAAUGAAUACCUUCUUAAUACUUUGAAAUCAAAUUUGAAGGAGGAAAUGAUAACUAAUAAAUUACAUCCAAGCUUAACAGAAGAUAUUAAGGUAACGGACUAUAAUGAUGAUCCUAUAUCACAAUUCAGGAUUUUUACUGAUGGAUCCAAAAAUAACAGUAAGGUGGGAUCUGCUUUUGUGGUCAGGGAUUCCAAAGAUAAUAUCUCUUAUAAAGCUUGCUUUAAGCUUGCUGACGUCUGUACAAUCACACAAGCAGAGUUGUUUGCAAUUCUUCAGGCAGCAAAACAUAUUAAUAAAACUAAAAUUAAAAAUAAGCAUAUCAAGAUUUGCUCUGACAGUCAGGCUGCUAUCAAGAGAAUAGUAAAUAAUAAAGGAACCCUCGCUACUUUAAUUCGUAAUGAAAUAAAUAGUACAAACAACAAAGUGACCUUUUCAUGGAUAAAAGGCCAUUCCGGCAACGAAGGGAAUAACAUGGCAGACUUCAUGGCUAAGCAAGCCGCUACAUCCAAUGUCACUCCCUCUUACUGGGAAGUUUCUUAUAUUAUAAUCAAAAAUGUUAUUCACAAUACAGCAAUACAGAUCUGGCAACGUGAGUGGGAGGAAGGUGAAACAGGGAGGACAACUUUCCGGUUCUUUCCUGACAUAUCAACUAGACUACGGAAUAAAAACUUUAAUACCAAUUUCUACACAACUCAAAUUAUAACGGAUCAUGGGAACUUCCAAUACUAUUUACACCGUUUUGGGCAUCGUGAUCACCCUCUCUGUGAAUGUGACCAUACCAGCAUCCAAAAUGCUUAUCAUCUUAUUUUUGACUGUUUUAAAUUUGAUGAUCAACGAACCGCUUUGGAGAGGAUAGUCUUGGAGAAAGGUUUCAACUGGCCAUGCCCAAUGAAGAUAUUGGUGGAGGAUAAGGAUAUCUUCGCUACUCUUGAAAACUUUAUCAAAAAUACUGGUGCAUUAGAACCCUCAUUCAGUUAAUGUACUUAGUUACAUUAAUAUAGUGGGUGCUUAUAUGUUUCGAUGAUGUGUUCAUUAAGUUUGAGUUACAAUUACAACUCAGCUAUUCAUCGGAUCUCUUGUGUCUACACAGAAGCGGCUUAUAUGGUCCUUUUACUGUGGUGCAAGUUAAUUAUAACUCUUAUUAUGCAACAGUGAUAUUAUACUGUAUAUUACAGCUUUA